ACAACACCAUAGUUACAAAAAUUAAAUUAUUUAAAAGUGGGAAACACCCUAACAUGACAGAUGUAAAAUCCCUAGAUUUAAAUUACUGGUUUUGUUUACUUGUGUUUACGUUUUCUGUGUCACUUUUUGUUGUUAUUUUCAUUUCCAUUUCUGUAGACAAAAUGAGUGAAUGUAGAAUGAGACUUAGGUCUUCCGUGACUGACGAAGAAAAGUUAGAACAGAUAAAACAAAAAAAAAUCAAGGAAGAAGAGAAAUUGAACAGACCUUUUAUUAAAUAUAAGGGGAAGAUAAAGUACAUCAGGGAUUUUGUUGAGUGUGCAAUAGCUUGUGAUGGCCUUAUUAAACUAGCUGAUGACGCUCCUGAUGUUCUGGUGGUUGGAUUUGAUAUAGAAUGGCCUUUUUCGUUCCAGACUGGCUCUGGCAAAGCAGCUUUAAUUCAAAUUAGUCCAGAUUUACAAUCAUGUAUUUUGAUACAGAUCAGUGACCUUAAAAGUCUACCUAAAGGUUUAGCUGUCUUUUUAGCUCAUCCUAAAGUCAGAAUCACUGGAGUUAACAUAAAAAAUGAUAUUAGAAAAUUGUCAAGAGACUUCUCAGGAUUUGAUGCUGAGAGAAUUAUAGAGAAUUGUGUUGACAGUGGCGUUUUAGCCAAUAAGAUUUUACCAGUUCAACAGAGAUGGAGUAUGGCGAAAUUAGUAGGGUAUUUGCUCAAGAUGGACAUUAGUAAAGAUAAUAAAGUACGAAUGAGCAAAUGGCAUGUCAGUCCUUUAUCAAAAGAACAAAUAUUGUAUGCUGCUACUGACGCUUAUGCGUCAUUGUUGUUGUAUGUUACACUGAAGGAGAGAGAGAAGAGUGGUGAAAACAAAUUAGAUCCAUAGAUUAUUUUUCUAAGUUGCGCUGACAUGUAUUGUGAAAGAUUUUGUAGAAUAAAUCUAAUUUUUAGGGA